GCUGCGGGCGGCCCCGCUUCCUGCCCGGCCGCGGGAGCCAUGGAGCCGRCGGAGGGCGCCGAGGAGGAGCGGCUGGUGCGGUGCCCCGUGUGCCUGCGGGAGCUGCCGGCCGCCGACAUCAACGCGCACCUGGACAGCUGCCUGCAGGCCGACGGGCCCGGGGCCGAGCUSCCCAGCAAGCGCCCGCGCCUCGCCGCCGGCCCGCCGGGCAGCCAGGCCGAGGGACAGGAGGGGGAGGCCGGCCCGGCCGCUGGGUCCCCCGUCGUCUCCCACUUCCACAAGGGCCGCGGCGGCAAGCAGAGAUCGGGAGCCGCCGGCGGGAGCAGCGGCGCGGGGCGGGACAAGGCCGCCGUGCAGCCGGGCCAUGGAUGCUCGGCCGCGCUGUGCGGGGASAGCCUGGCGCAGAAGCUGGAGGGGAAGCCCCUGGCCGAGCGGCUGCGGCCGGAUACGCUGGGGGACUACGUGGGGCAGGAGCGGGUGCUGGGGGCGCAGACCCUGCUGCGGUCCCUGCUGGAGUCCCACGAGAUUCCCUCCCUCAUCCUCUGGGGGCCGCCGGGCUGCGGGAAGACUACAUUGGCACACAUCAUAGCCAAGAGCAGCAAAAAGAAUGGCACGAGGUUUGUGACACUGUCRGCCACAAGUGCCAAGACAAAUGAUGUUCGAGAUGUCAUCAGCCAAGCCCAGAAUGAAAAAAGACUCUUCAAGAGAAAAACGAUCCUCUUUAUUGAUGAGAUCCACCGUUUCAAUAAAUCUCAGCAGGACACUUUCCUUCCUCACGUCGAGUGUGGAACGGUGACCCUGAUMGGAGCAACUACAGAAAACCCUUCCUUCCAAGUCAAUGCUGCUCUCCUGAGCCGGUGCCGGGUGAUCGUCCUGGAGAAGCUGUCGGUUGAAGCGAUGGAGGCAAUUCUGAUGAGGGCCGUCAGGUCCUUAGGACUCCAGGUUUURGGCCAGGGCGACCAGCACAGCGCCCCUGCAACUAGCAGCAGCAGCAAGAGCUCGGAAUUCCCAGUGUACAUUGAGGAGAAAGCUCUGAAUACGCUUGCCUACCUUUGCGACGGGGACGCCAGGACRGGGCUGAAUGGACUCCAGCUGGCAGUUCAGGCCAGAGUAGCAGCAGGGAAGACCACUCCUCUGAACACUACCAAAGGUGGAUCUGCAGAUGGCAUCCUGGUAACAGAAAAGCAUGUAAAGGAGGGGCUUCAGCGAUCUCACAUYCUGUAUGACCGAGCAGGAGAAGAACAUUACAACUGCAUCUCUGCCCUGCACAAGUCUAUGAGAGGCUCAGAUGAAAACGCCUCCCUUUACUGGCUUGCUCGAAUGCUUGAGGGCGGUGAGGAUCCACUCUAUGUGGCCAGGAGGCUGGUGAGRUUUGCAAGUGAAGAUAUAGGACUGGCAGAUCCUCUGGCUUUAACACAAGCAGUUGCUGCUUAUCAAGGCUGUCACUUCAUUGGAAUGCCAGAAUGUGAGGUGAUUCUAGCACAGUGUGUAGUGUACUUUGCCAGAGCCCCCAAAUCUAUAGAGGUGUACCGGGCAUAUGGCAACGUCAAGGAAUGCCUGAGGAUGCACACGGGACCGCUGCCACCUGUUCCAUUACACCUGAGAAACGCCCCAACAAGGCUCAUGAAGAACUUGGGCUAUGGAAAAGGCUACAAAUACAACCCCAUGUACAAGGAACCUGUGCAGCAGGACUAUCUACCAGARGAGCUGAAAGGAGCAGACUUCUUCAAGGAACGAGAAAUAUGACUGACUUGCUUGGAAUGGGUGUUGAUUUUAUGACUCGUACAUUUCUGCUGGGAUAAAGAUUCCCCUUACAGUUUGUUACUGUGGCUGAAAGGAUUAAGCCACCAAGCCUUCCAGAUACUUUUUUUAUCCUUCUGGUUUARCUGCUGUUUUUCUGAAGGUAUUUUGUAAAGAAUUGCUGUUAGGCAGUGUUAAAUGCAAAAGUAAGCUUCAUCCAUAUAAUGUUGUUACUGAUUCACAUGAAACAGAGAAAAAACAAGAGACUUUUAUUUCUGUCUCUUCCUGUGAGACAAGAAAUAUUAUUGUGCUGCUUUUUAAAAUCAGUGUUUAUUUCAGAUUUUGAUAAUGUUAUUUUCCAGAAAAAUAGUAAAUUGUAACCCCUCUGUUAAAAUACUGUAAACAAAAUAUUAUUGCAGAAAAAUUUUUGUUCUUAUGAUGUUCCAGAGACCAAUUUUUUACAACAGUUAUUAAGCCAAUAAAGCUGUUAAAAGA